UUUUGAUUCAUCUUGGAGAAAGAAAAACCGCAGCAUGUCGAACUUUGUUGUAAAUGGUCUGUUACAGUUGCGUAAUCCGCUGCUUACAUUUCGCCGGUUCCGUGGAAAGAUCAACAUCCAGCGUCCAAGGGCGCCACAUUACGAAAGAGCUCGUGUGCUCGAAAUCAUUAAACCGUAUUACAAAGAGCCCGAAUUUAACGCUCCCUGCAUCGAUGCCGAACGGACGCUGCAGAGCAAGAAGAUGGACAACCCGUACGAAGCAAUCAUUGCCCGAGAGGCCCGAAACUGGUUCGAGCACAGCAAACUCGUCGCACUGCUGCACGUAAACUCGAUAAAGCAGGAAAAUAUGUUUAAGACACAAGUGGCAUUACAUCGACAUAAUGUCUCGGUGAAGGUGUACGGCAAAUCAAUUAUGCGUAAAGCUGUCGCAGACACGAGAUUCGAAGCGAUAAUGCCAUUAUUUGAAGCAAAAACGGCUAUCGUAUUUAGCCCGGAAGCAGCAAAGAUAAAGCAGGUGUUGAAUGUUUUGAAGAAAACGCCCCAACUCGUCCUGAUGGGAGGCAUCGUGGAAGGUAAACUGUUAAGUAGGAACGAGUUCAUGGCUUACGCUACCAUGCCCGAUCUCACUACGGUGCGAGCACAGUUUGCUGCAGUGCUGGAUAGUGUUGGUGGCAAAAUCGUCGGGGAUCUACAGUGUCACCAAAGUCAGCUAGUAAACAUGCUGGAUGCGUACGCAAAGAAUGACUCGCCAAAGGAUGAGGCCGGCUCUGAUAGUGUGGCUGGUGCAAAAGUGGACAGUUGA